AUGAGAUCUGCUUCAAUAUGGAUGUUACCAGCAUUAGCUUUAGCUGCUGUUCAAAAAGACAAUAUAGUUCAAAAAGAAAAUGUAUUGCGUGACGUUGCAGAUGACAUUGCUUCAGGUGUGGGAGGAGUAAUAAAUACAGUAACUUCGGGUGCUGUAGGAGCCGCAGGCACAGUAACAUCUGGUGCUGUUGGUGCUUUUGAUACUGUCACAUCUGGUGGAGCAUCAGUAGGUCAAGGAAUUGCAACUACCGUCACAUCUGGAGGAUCUACCAUAACAUCUGGAGGUGGUGGAGUUGCAUCUACCGUAACAUCUGGAGCCGGUGGUGCUUUUAACACAGCUACUUCUGGUGGAGCAUCAGCAGGUCAAGCAGUCACAUCUGGUGCUGGGGCAGCUGUUGGAAAUAACGAAAGUGAAAGUGCAGAAGGAUCCAGUGCAACUGAAAGUGAGGAAUCAGAAAGUGGAUCCUCUGCAACUGGUGGAAAUGCAAGCAACACUAGUGGUGGUAGUUCGAGUACAAGCACUAGAAGCGGAAGUAGUAGUACAACUUCAGGAAGUACAUCAAACUCAGAAACUACAGGCAAUGGGGCUGUAUCCUAUAUGGGCUCUAAAGCUUUAAUAUAUGUAGCUGCAUUAGCUUUACUUUAG